AUGGCUGAUCAAGAGGCGCCAGAGCAGCAAGGAAAAUAUCCGGCUCGUCCUCUGUUUGUUCUUUUUUACUUGGUCAACACCUGGUAUGGCUUUUCUCGAAACAGUGGUUUCCUCCAUGUACGAACGCUCGAGGCUAAUUUCGCGCGUGAAAGCUUGUUCACAAUGCUCCCGGUGUAUACAGAGCGUUACGGAUCGCGUCGGGCCGUUCCCGUCGUCUUGAUCGCGCUCAUGGUGGCGACGACUGUUUCGCUGCUUGUGCAGCCCGAACGGUUCAGUUGGGCGCUCCUCGUCCAGCAAUUUCUGGUAUUGGUUGUUCUUUCAUGCCUGAUGUAUCCCAUAUGUAAAUCAGACGGCUUCCGGUCCGUGUCCGCGAGGAUCCGGGUUUAUCUUGGUCUGACGGUGGCCGUGUGCUUGUUCAGUGGCGAGAUUGAUUACUGGCAGCUCGACGGAGAGACCAGAGUUUCGUUCAUCUGUCCCCGUUUCUCGCUUGCCAUGCCGCCUCUGGCUCUUACAACGGUUAUCUAUGCUGUGGCCCUCAUGCGGGGAGAUGAUUUCGUGCUCAGUAAGACUCUAGCAGGACGUCAGUUUACACCCGCUGCGCCCAUGAACUUGUAUGUUAGUGGUGGUGAUAAUCGAUUGCCGUCAGGACGCGAUGAGGUAUAUCGUGACAUGGAAGACGGCGACGAAGAGUCACCAGCAUAG